CGGCGCGGUGGGGGCGGAGGGGUUGCGAUUCCACUGCCGCGGGGGCUCCUGUGUCCUUGUGCGGAAAUGACACACGGAGUCCCGUCACGUCACGCGAGAGCGCAGCGCACGGACACACACAAAGAGAGGGGAAAAUACACGCCGCCCGCCCGCCGCCCCCAGCAACUCCGCGGGCCGCCCCGGCCAGGUCCCCGGCGCGCGUGGCCCCCCACUCCCGGACCCGCGCCCCCACCCCGCCCGCACGUGGCGCCCCAACUCGGCGCCGACCCGCUCCGCAAAAGUACAGAACUCGUGUUCCAGUGGAACAGAAGAUGAACUCAACUGACUUCAGUGAAGAUGUAGACGAAGUUUUAAAAAAUAACAUUGUGAAGGUGGAGACAGAAGCUGAAGAUGCCGUGCUGGACUGCUCGCUGAACUCCAGGAUUUCUGAGAAAAACCCUCUGGACAGUGUCUUCAUCGCCCUCCACGACGUCAGCAAGAGACGGCAACUGGGCAGUGAUGGUCACUCAGACUCGGUGCCCAGCGUGAAGAGGCGGCGGCUCAUACCCGAGGCUCUCCUGGCGGGCAUGCAGACGCGCGAGAGCGGCUCGCCCUGCCAGGGCAACGGGGAGCCGGCGGCCCGGAGCCGGGGCGGCGCCUCGGCCUGGCCCGGUGGCGGCGGCGAGGAGGAGCCCGGCAGCGAUGCCACCGCCCCGUCCUACAAGAAGCCCCUCUACGGCAUCUCGCACAAGAUCAUGGAGAAGAAGAACCCGCCCGCGGCCGAGCUGCUCGGCACCUACGAGCUCCUGGAGAAGGCCACCGCGGGCAGCAGCCCGUCCCCGCUGCGGCUGCUGAGCGAGGCCCCCAGGCGGGACCCGGGCGGCGGGGGCGGCGGGGGGCCCGGGGCGGCGGCGGACGGCGAGCCCAACAUCUACUUCCUCAUCCAGAAGAUGUUCUACAUGCUCAACACGCUCACGUCCAACAUGUCGCAGCUGCACAGCAAGGUGGACCUGCUCUCCCUGGAGGUGAGCCGCAUCAAGAAGCAGGUGAGCCCCGCCGCCGAGCUGGUGGCCAAGUUCCAGCCGCCGCCCGAGUACCAGCUCACGGCCGCCGAGCUCAAGCAGAUCGUGGACCAGAGCCUGUCGGGGGGCGACCUGGCCUGCCGCCUGCUGGUGCAGCUCUUCCCCGAGCUCUUCAGCGACGUGGACUUCUCCCGGGGCUGCAGCGCCUGCGGCUUCGCCAGCAAGCGCAAGCUGGAGUCGCUGCACCUGCAGCUCAUCCGCAACUACGUGGAGGUGUACUACCCGUCGGUGAAGGACACGGCCGUGUGGCAGGCCGAGUGCCUGCCGCAGCUCAACGACUUCUUCAGCCGCUUCUGGGCCCAGCGGGAGAUGGAGGACAGCAAGCCCGGCGGCGGCGGCGGCGGCGGCCCGGUGCCCGGCUUCUUCGACGUGGAGCCCGGGGACGGCGGCCACUUCCUGGACGGCAAGGACCAGGAGGAGGCGCUGUCCCUGGACCGCAGCAGCACCAUCGCCUCGGACCACGUGGUGGACGCGCAGGACCUCACGGAGUUCCUGGACGAGGUGUCGUCGCCCGGCGAGUUCGCCGUGUUCCUCCUGCACCGGCUCUUCCCGGAGCUCUUCGACCACCGGCGGCUGGGCGAGCAGUUCAGCUGCUACGGCGAGGGCGGCAAGCAGGAGCUGGACCCGCAGCGCCUGCAGAUCAUCCGCAACUACACGGAGAUCUACUUCCCGGACAUGCAGGACGAGGAGGCCUGGCGCCAGCAGUGCGCGCAGCGCCUCAACGACGAGCUCGAGGGGCUGGGGCCCGAGGCGGGCAGCGAGGGCGACGCGGCCCGCGACGACGCCUACGACGCCUUCGGCCUGCCCGACAUCUCGGUGGUCAAGGUGGAGGACAGCUUCGAGGGCGAGCGGCCCGGCCGGCGCUCCAAGAAGAUCUGGCUGGUGCCCAUCGACUUCGACAAGCUGGACAUCCCGCAGCCGGACUUCGAGGUGCCGGGGGCCGACUGCCUGCUGAGCAAGGAGCAGCUGCGCGGCAUCUACGAGAGCAGCCUGUCCAUCGGCAACUUCGCCUCGCGCCUGCUGGUGCACCUCUUCCCCGAGCUCUUCACGCACGAGAACCUGCGCAAGCAGUACAACUGCAGCGGCUCGCUGGGCAAGAAGCAGCUGGACCCCGCGCGCAUCCGCCUCAUCCGCCACUACGUGCAGCUGCUCUACCCGCGCGCCAAGAACGACCGCGUGUGGACGCUGGAGUUCGUGGGCAAGCUGGACGAGCGCUGCCGCCGGCGCGACACGGAGCAGCGCCGCUCCUACCAGCAGCAGCGCAAGGUGCACGUGCCCGCGGGCGCCGAGGCCGCCGCCGCCGCCGCCGCCGCCGCCGCCACCGCCGACUACCCGGUCAAGCCCGAGAAGUUCCGCGAGGAGUUCGAGGGGCCCCCGCUGCCCCCCGAGAGGAGCAGCAAAGACUUCUGCAAGAUCCCCCUGGACGAGCUGGUGGUGCCCUCGCCCGACUUCCCCGUGCCUUCCCCCUACCUGCUCACCGACAAGGAGGUGCGCGAGAUCGUGCAGCAGAGCCUCUCCGUGGGCAACUUCGCCGCGCGCCUCCUGGUCCGCCUCUUCCCCGAACUCUUCACGGCCGAGAACCUGCGGCUGCAGUACAACCACUCCGGAGCCUGCAACAAGAAGCAGCUGGACCCCACGCGGCUCAGGCUCAUCCGCCACUACGUGGAGGCCGUCUACCCCGUGGAGAAGAUGGAGGAGGUGUGGCACUACGAGUGCAUCCCCAGCAUCGACGAGCGCUGCCGCCGCCCCAACCGCAAAAAGUGCGACAUCCUCAAGAAGGCCAAGAAAGUGGAGAAGUGACCGGCCCGGGCUGGGGGAGU